AUGGCACCAAAAGUUAAGAAGUCCACAGACACCAUGAACGCCAAACUUGCCUUGGCUAUUAAGUCAGGUAAGUACACCUUGGGCUACAAGUCCACCGUGAAGGCUUUGAGAAAGGGUAAAUCGAAGUUGGUUAUCAUUGCUGGUAACACCCCUGUCUUGAGGAAGUCCGAGUUGGAGUACUAUGCUAUGUUGUCUAAGACUCCAAUUUACUACUUCCAGGGUGGAAACAACGAGUUGGGUACUGCUUGUGGUAAGUUGUUCAGAGUGAGCACCUUGGCUGUUUUGGAUGCGGGUGACUCUGACAUCUUGUCUGCCGUUCAGAACUGA